AUGCAAAACCGGGUUGAACGACCUCCAGAUUUACCGGCGCAUAAAUUCUCAGCUCUUAAGGCCGAGAAACUUGCUGAUGGGUUCUCUCUCACCAUUCCAAAACAGAUGUAUCAAAAACGUAUUGCUGAAUUCAAAUUCUCUGUUAUUGGAAGGGUGUUACUACGGAAAGGAAGCAAGCCACAGGCGACACAUCAGUUGAAGCUUGAACUCAACAAUUUGUGGGGUAUCCAAUCAGAGUGGAAGCUUCUCACUUUGGGUAAGGGUUUCUUCACCAUGAAAUUCUCUACUCUUGAAGAUAAAAAACUUGCGAAAACCAAAAUUGUUUGGGAUCUGGCUGCGGGUUCCAUCCGCCUCCGCGAUUGGGUGCCAUGUUUCAAUCCCUACAAGGAAGUCUCUUCUAUUUGUCAAGUUUGGGUUCGGAUUUAUUACCUUCCGAAUGAGUUUUGGGAUCCUAAGGUAAUAACAGCAAUCGCUAGAAUUAUUGGUUUUUGUCACACCCCAAUUCUUGAAUGA